AAAGAUCAUCAAAAAAACAAAACGCUUUGAAAACUGUAGGAGAGUAAGUGAAAGGAAGAGAAAGUGAGAGGAAAAUUUACAGCGAGCAGCCCCAAACCCGGAAAAAAAAAACACCAAACCAAAACCAAAACAGAGACGCUACUGCGUGUGUGUGUGUUUGUUUGUGUGAAAGGGAGAGCAAGUGCAAAACCCAGAUAUCCAAACACUUCCGGGCUUUCUCUGUCUAUCUCCCCCAUUUGAUCGGAACCUCUCAUUCAUUGUACAGAAGCAUUCUGGGACCGUCCUCGGAUUACUGUACGAUCAGGACCCCACGUCUUGUCUGGUUCCGAAAUACCUCCCCGAGCCCGUACAAUGGAGCGGUACGGUCGGACUACUGAAGGCUCUAUGUCCGAUCCGUCUCCUGAAUGGACCGCUCCGGGACCUGAAACCGGACUGGAAGAGCCUAUGUGGCAAUUGGGAUUGGGCGGUCCGGAAUCGUACCCGGAACGACCGGAUGAGGCCGACUGUAUCUACUAUCUGCGAACCGGGUUUUGUGGGUACGGCUCCCGGUGUCGGUUCAAUCAUCCCCGUGACCGCGGCGCGGUUAUAGGAGCUGCACGACCUGGUGGAGGGGAGUACCCAGAGCGAGUGGGCCAGCCCGUGUGCCAGUAUUACAUGAGGACAGGGGCAUGUAAAUUCGGUGCUUCCUGUAAGUACCACCAUCCUCGGCAGGGAGGAGAAUCUACCCCCGUAUCACUAAAUUAUUUUGGAUAUCCGUUACGUCAGGGUGAAAAAGAGUGUUCCUACUAUGUAAAAACUGGGCAGUGCAAGUUUGGCGGGACGUGUAAAUUCCAUCAUCCACAACCUGCUGGCAUACAAGUUCCACCAUUAUCAUUAGCACCACCAGUUGCAGCUAUGCCUACACAAGCAUUACAUCCAGGUGUGCGCUCUUCAUCUGUUCCUUCAUCACAACAAUAUGGGGUAGUUGUUGCAAGGCCUCCUCUGCUAUCGGGCUCAUAUGUUCAAAGUCCUUAUGGUCCCGUGCUGCUACCAAGCAUGGUUCCCUUUCCGGGAUGGAAUCCUUACCCGGUACCCAUAAGCCCAGUACCCUCUCCUAGUUCUCAGCCCUCUGUUGGUUCUGGGCCGCUUUAUGGGAUGACACCCUUGUAUCCAGCAGCAUCUGCCUAUACUGGAACGUAUCAACCCGUACCUUCAUCUGUUGGUCCUCCAGGAAGUAGUCAGAAGGAAUACUCAUUUCCAGAAAGACCUGGUCAACAGGAAUGUCCGCAUUACAUGAGAACGGGAGAUUGUAAAUUUGGCUCCUCAUGUAGAUAUCAUCAUCCACCUGAAUUGGUUGCACCUAAAAGGAACGUUGUUCUUAACCUCAUUGGUCUUCCUUUGCGUCCUGGUGCACCUCCUUGCACUCAUUAUGCACAACGUGGGGUAUGCAAGUUUGGGCCUGCAUGCAAAUUUGAUCAUCCAACGGGAACAUUGAGCUACAGUCCAUCUGCAUCUUCCCUAGCUGAUAUGCCAGUUGCACCCUACCCUGUGGGAUCUUCAAUUGGUAUGCUAGCCCCGUCAUCUUCGUCUUCAGAGUUGCGGCCCGAACUUAUUUCAGGAUCCAGCAAGGACUCUGUUUCAUCCAGAAUGUCAUCGUCAACGAGCACUUCUAGUGGAUCAAUUGGUUCAACUUUUUCAAAGAGUGAACCUAUUCAUCAUUUGACUGUACAGCAGUCUGCUCAUGGUUCUGGCCCUUCGACUGGCAGCAGCAGUGGUGGCACUGGGUUUCUCUCUUCAAACUAAGCCACAUCAAGUCACACCCUUUUUAUUACUCCUUUUGAUCAAAUUUCAUGGGCCAAAACAUAAUUUUUUGGUGGAAGUCCUCAAAAAGAGGCUUCAUCUCUCAGUUACCAAUGUACCACGGUUCAGCCUAGCACACAGCAGCCUAAAUUUUCUCUAUGUUCAUAUAGUCUUUUUAUGGCCACUUCCUACAUCUUGAAUAAACCAUGGCCAACUUCAAAAGUUUAGCAUACCUCAUAUAGCAUUCCACCUAAAUUCUGAAUAACCAUGAAAGAACCUGCAGUUCCAUUAGGCAAAUCAGUGUCCAUCUCUCCAAUUUUCAGAGUUUGUUGUGUUUAUUUCAUCCAAUCUUUUUCGAAAUGAAAAAGAUGUGUCCCAUAGUGUUUUUUCUUCUACAUUGACUUUGUGUCCAUGUCUCUCUUUUUUAUUUUUCUUUGAUGUUGGGAACAAGCUUCUGAUUCAUCUUAGAAAAGGAAUUCGAAGGUCUUAUUGUUCCCUCACUUUUUUGGUCUAGGGUUUAUCAUAAAAAGAGAAGUAAUGAUCAAGACACUCCAAUGAGGCAUCAGACUGCUAUGUUAUACGGGAUGGGACCCAAAGUCAUGUUGUGACAAUUAGAAUGUUUGACUUGGUUCUUGAUAAGUUUAUCAUGAAAUACAAAUAUAUGAAAGAACACUCUGGAAUGUGUAAUAAUUGUACCCUUCUAUUUCUCCAUUUAUAAAAGAGAUACUUUCUUAUUGCU